UGGCCAGCGGGGCCGGCAGGACGGAGCGGCGGCGGCGGCGGGCGCGGCGGCGGGGGCGGGGGGCCGCGAGGGGCGCCGUCGGGGGGGCGGCCAUGGAGCCGGCCGAGGUGAAGGACCGCAUCCUGCACAACAUCUCGCUCUCCGUCAAGAAGUUGCAGAGUUACUUUGCAGCGUGCGAAGACGAGACGCCAGCCAUCAGGAACCACGACAAGGUUCUGCAGCGCCUUUGCGAGCACAUCGACCAUGCACUGCUCUAUGGCCUUCAAGACCUCCCUUCAGGCUACUGGGUCUUGGUGGUCCACUUCACCCGCAGAGAAGCCAUCGAGCAGAUAGAGGUGCUUCAGCACGUGGCGACCAACCUGGGACGCAGUCGAGCAUGGCUGUACUUGGCCCUCAACGAGAACUCCCUGGAGAGCUACCUGCGGCUGUUCCAAGAGAACCUGAGUCUGCUGCACAAGUACUACGUCAAAAAUGCCCUGGUCUGUAGCCAUGACCAUCUGACCCUCUUCCUGACACUGGUCUCCGGCCUGGAGUUCAUUCGGUUUGACUUGGAUCUGGAUGCCCCCUACUUGGACCUGGCCCCGUACAUGCCGGACUAUUACAAGCCACAGUACUUGUUAGACUUUGAGGACCGCCUGCCCUGCUCAGUCCAGGGGUCCGACAGCCUCUCGCUCAACUCUUUCAACUCGGUCACUUCCACCAACCUGGAGUGGGAUGACAGCGCCAUUGCCCCCUCCAGCGAGGAUUAUGAUUUUGGAGAUGUCUUUCCCGCAGUGCCGUCCAUGCCAACCACGGCCUGGGAAGACGGAGACCUGGCAGAUAUUCUCAGCUGCCCACCAAAGAGCCCUACGCAGCGUCACAACCCCUUCAACAAGAAGGCAGAAGGGCUGUCCUCCACUGAGAGCACUCCGGGGCACCAUUCUGCCUCCCAGCGGAAGGCAGACCCCGCGACCACGGGCGCCGACCAGGCCGAGAGUUGCCCCGAGGUGGAGGUCAUCAGGCUGGCUAAAAAGAAGAAGGUUGGCAAGAGGAAGAAGAAGGGCAGAUUGGAGGAAGAGGAGGAGGAAGCAGCGGCUGCAGUUGUUGUGGACCCAGCUGGGCCUCCAGAUGUGGGAGGGGGCAGGCCAGCCGAAGGAGCCGAGCUGCAGGAGCCCGACCAGGCAGCCCUGCCAGCCCCCGGGGAGGCCGGGCCGGAAGCAGGCCAGGAGCCCCCCACUCUCAGCCCGCUGCGGCUGCAGAUCCCCAGACCGGAGGACACAUCCUUGGAGCGGGUGGAACACUCGCUCAGCAAGGCCAUCCACAUGCUGGGCGGGCAGCUGGACCCCCGCAGCCUGGGCUGCCCCAUCGAGCCCCCCAACCAGUCCUUUCGGACCCCCACACCAGAGGGGGACCCCUUGGAGGGGCCGCCCUCUGGUGUCUUUAGCGAAGGGGGGCCCACCCCCAUGGUCUUCUACAGCUUUACCGCUGAGAGUCCAAACGCUCUUGCACCAGGUGGCUGCCACCAUGACCCUGCAGGGGAUGGCCAACCGCCGGAUGUUCCUGGUGGCUCUGAAGCUGCUGGACAAGAGGAAGAAGGACGGCGACGAGAGGGGGAGGCGCUUGGGCCCAUGACGGGCAGGCGGCAGCUGCAGCAGCAGCCAGAGGAAGAGGCGGCGGCGAGCGUGGAGGCCCUUGGCCAGCUGCAGAAGGAGAAGGCCAGCCCCUCACUCAGCAGUGCAGAGGACUCUGGGGUGGAAGAGGGGCAGGGCAGCCCUUCAGAAGUGGCACACCCCUCUGAAUUCAGGGUGGACAACAACCAUUUGUUGCUGCUGAUGAUCCACGUUUUCCGGGAGAAUGAGGAACAGCUCCUCCGGAUGAUCCGCAUGAGCACAGGACACAUGGAGGGCAACCUGCAGCUGGUCUACGUGCUGCUGACAGACUGCUACGUGUAUCUCCUCCGCAAAGGAGCAGCGGAGAAGCCGUACCUGAUAGAGGAGGCCCUCUCCUACAAUGAGCUGGACUAUGUCUCGGUGGGCCUGGAUCAGCAGACAGUGACGCUGGUCUGCACCAACCGCCGGAAGCAGUUCCUGCUGGACACGGCAGAUGCCGCCCUGACUGAGUUUUUCCUGACGUCUUUGAAGUCAGCCAUGAUCAAAGGGUGCCGAGAGCCCCCGUACCCCAGCAUUCUGACUGAUGCCACCAUGGAGAAGCUGGCUCUGGCCAAGUUCGUGGCUCAGGAGUCCAAGCGGGAGACUGCUGAGGUGGUGGUUCGCUUCUAUGGCCUUGUGCACUGGGAAGACCCCCUGGACGAGGCGCUGGGCCCUGUCGCUCCGCACUGCACGGUGGCUGAGAACUGUGUCACAAAGGAGGGCGUUCUGAGCUACAAAUCAGGCACCAACUACUUGGGCAAGGAGCUGUGGAAGCCCUGCUUUGUGGUGCUCAGCAAUGGCAUCUUAUAUCAGUAUCCAGAGCGCACAGAUAUCGCCCCUCUGCUCUCAGUGAACAUGGGUGGGGAGCAGUGCGGCGGCUGCCGGAGGGCGAACACCACAGACCGGCUCCACUCCUUCCAGGUGAUCUUGACGGACCGGCCCUCCCUGGAGCUGAGUGCUGAGAACGAGGAGGAGAUGGCCGACUGGAUGCAGUACCUCUGCCAGGCCGUCUCCAAAGGGGUCAUCCCUGUGGGCGCGGCCCCCACCCCCUGUGUCCCCUGCUGCCUGGUGCUGACGGAGCAGAAGUUGUUCACGUGCCACGAGGACUGCCAGACCAGCUUCUUCCGCUCACUGGCCACUGUUGAGCUGGCCAACGUGGCCUCCGUGUCUGUGGAGGCUGGCCACGCUGAGUACUGCAUCCUGGAGUUUGUCCAGGAUUGCAAGCAGUACCUGCCCGCCUGGGUCCUCUACUUCAGCUGCCCUGCGGAACUGGAGCGCUUCCUUUCAGCACUGGAUGCCGUGUGGAGAAGCACCUACCAGGUCGACCUUUGGCACAAGCUGAUCGAAGACAGCGCCGUCAGGAAGAAGUGCGAGGACGCCCUGAGUCUGAUCCGCAGCGCGUGGCAACGCAGUGACAGCCUCUGCCGUGGCCGGGCCUCCCGGGACCCCUGGUGUUAGCCUUCCAGCACCAGAGAGGGACGCGUUCCUGGUCUUGGAGGAAGGGGCCCUCCCAGGGGAGCGGAGGAGUUCAACCAGCAGCUCCCUCCGCUGUGACGGGUGUGAUCCGGGGCUUCCUGCCACUUGGAGCCGGGAGGGAGUGGGGCUGGAGCUGUGCUGUGCUGUGCUGUGGGGCGGGCUGUCUCUGGGUGUAUCCUGCAGGCCGGCGGGCGGGCGGGCGGGCGCUUGCUGUGCGAGGUGCCAGGCGAGGCCUGCCCCAGGGGACCCAGCCGGAGGGCCAGUGGGCAGCCUCACCCGGCCAGUCGUGGCCUCUGGGGCCAGCUGCUGAGGACAAGGAACUCCUCAAGAAGCUUGGCCUUGAAUCCUUAGAGUGAGCAGACCCUUGUAGGAGUGGAAUUAGGCGUCACAGCAUGGAGUGGGAUUGGGGCCAGUUGUUGUGGGCUGGUUUUCCAGGGCGGGAGGAGUCCGUGCGUGUCUUAUGCUCUUAGAAAAACCUGUGCCAGUCUUGUCCUGAUCAACCCCGCAGGGGCGUUUUGUGAAGGGAUCUCUCUCCAUUGUCCUGAGUCGGGGAAAGAAAGGGCCCCAACUCUGUGGCUUCUCGGGGCCUGCUGUGCCCCCUUCUCUUUGCCAGGUUUCCACAUCUCCAGGGGGGAGGGGGGAGGGGGGGAGGGAGGGGGGUUGGAGACCCAGGAGCUGCUGAAAGCACAGCUUGUGCGGGCGCAUGGAGACUUCAGCAUGUGAUGGGGCUAGGGGUGCUUGCAAUAGCUGCGCAUGCAGCCGACCCCCAUCUCUGCCCCCCUGAGCUGCUGGCCUGAAGCGACCGGCACUCUGUAGAUCUCGGAGCUCCUGCUGGCUCUUCCUGGGGCCGAUGCAGGAGAGCUUAAGGGGGGGGGGGUAGUAUUUCAGAGUGCAAAUCCUUAUUCAAGGCCAGCCAGGCCAUUGAGAAGUCACCAAGUUGGGGGGGCGGGGGGUGUCCUUUGCCUGCAGUUGGAUAUAUGAAGCCUCCUUCUGAUGAGCUGGACACUCUCAAAUGUACUUUCUGGUUCUGGAUGGGGGGCUUUCCGGAGGAGGCGGCCUCUGCCUGGAGAUGCAUCAUGUACACACAUUGCUCCCCCCUCCCCCGCAAUAAAAGGUUUCUUGGUAA